AAAGAACUUGUGCAAGGAUGCCAUCUCGGCUUUGGCUUUGCACACACACACACACACGAGGGAAGAUAUUUUCCCGCGCUCUCUCUGUAGUUUAUUCACGCGACCUUCGACCUCAGUGACGUAAUCACACGGGUAAGAGUUUCUAUGGAAACAAACAAAUUCCAAUAGAAGCGCACCGUAAACGCCGUAAGAGGUGCAAGUUGAACUCAUCAUGGAGAUCUCAGAGAGAGAGACGAAGAAUCCAGCGGCCGAUCCGCGAAAGAUGCGUCGCAUAAUAGCAGAAGACCCGGAAUGGAACCUCGAGACCGUCCCUCCCUUGGUCGACUCGUGCAUACAACACAUCAUUAAGCACUUUCAUGAAAGGCCACUGCUUGAAGAGCUCCCUGAAAAGUACCAGAGGAAAGUCCUGGAGAAACUUCCCACAACACUUCCACUCAACAUAUCAGCUGGGCUGAUAGCUGACGAAGGCUAUUGGGAGCGGUGCUGCAGGAGCCGAUGGGCUCUGUGUGAUGUCAGCUCCUACGACAAGAACUGGAGGAGGAUGUUUUUCGAGAGACACGCCGCAGAGCUUGUUGAGCACUUUGUGCCCGAAAAGUCUGACAAGAAGGAAUUUGAAGAAAAGCUGAAGUUGUGCUCAGAGUUUGUCCAGCGUCUUCAAGUGAAGCAACUCUUGCCAAGGCCACAGGGUGAGCUGCUUGCCCCUGCUGAUGAAGGAGAUGCAGGGAGCGAUGACCUGGCACAUGCACUCGCCAAUGAUCACCUCGAUUGCGGGGUCUUACUCAAGACCCUGCAUAACAUGAAGGAGCUGAGUCUAAUGUUUGGGGUUGAGAAUUGUGGCAUGAACUUUGAGUGGGGUUUGUUCCAGUUCACUGUGACUGACUGCAAGAACCUUGUCAACGGCCUCAAGGCCACUCCCACUCUCCACACUCUGAAGGUCACCAGCUCCAAGAUGGGGGAGGAGGAGGGAAGAGUGCUGGUCAAAGGAUUGCUGGAGCACCCUGGACUUGCAGUACUAGACUUGUCUCAUAACAAGCUGAAGAGCCGCACUGGUCGUGCCCUGGGGAAGUUGCUAGGCAUGCCAGCCUGUCGUCUGGAGACACUAGUGCUCACCAACAACGAGAUUGGUCCAGACGGCGGAAAGUCUCUGGGACACUCCCUAAAAACAAACUCUACACUACUACACCUCGACUUGAGAUUAAACAGGUAUGGUGCCUCCAUAAGCCAUGUUUCAGGUAUCGUAAACCACCAACAGGCUGAGUGAUGAAGGUGUUCAGCCAAUUCUAAAGUCUCUAACGACAAAUUCCUCGCUUGUCUCACUGAAUGUGGGCAGCAAUGACUUCACAGAAGCCUCAGCACCAGCUCUAGCAGAGGUAUACAUUACACCUUUAGCCCCUGAUUACUGUAUGGCAUGUGAUCGACCAGGUUCUACAGACAAAUGGGACACUGAAGGAGUUGAAUAUUUCCUGCAACAAACUUGGAGAGUCGGGAGGCAGGUUCCUACAAGAAGGGAUGGAAGAAAACAGCACACUCACAGUCUUUGAUCUACGCCUGUCAGAGAUUGCGCAGGAGAGCGAAUAUGUAAUCAACAAGACAGUGAAGGACAAUCUGGACCGAGACCGCAAGAUAGCUACCUAAUCACACUGUUCCUUUACUACCUUUUUGUUAUUGUGCUUGUUGUUAUGUUCCACUGUUAUCGUGAGCAAUUGUUGGACACUGCGCGAUCACAAAUUAAACUUUAAAUUAUGAUGUUACAAUAACCAAGCAAUUAUUUACAACUUUGUUACGAUAGAGCAGCUAUUUUAAUGUUUAUUACAGUUACUCUGUUAGUUUAAUUACUCUCUCUAUAGUUCAGUUAAUAAUCAGCUCAUGUAGAAACAAAUGUUUGCCGACAACCGAAAAUGAGGUUGUUAUUCAUAUCAGCAAUGGCAUCAGAUCGGUAGACGAGGAAACAGCUCUCUUCCUGUCCCUCUUUGGUGCACAUGUCCUGUCGUUUGAUCUCGUUCAGGUCGCCCUCUGAGAACUGGAGGGAGAGCGAGGGGCCGUUGGUACUUGUGAUCACUCCACGGGUCAACUGGAACUGGUCAUCAGGGUUACCGGGCGUCGGGACGAAUGUCUCAUAGCGGAGGAGGGCGAGGUAGUCGAAUCGGAGCGAGCUGCCGUUAACAGAUUCAGUGAAGUUAAGCAUCAGACGUCCGCUGUCCAUGUCAAUUUCAAACGCAAUCAACUCAGGGAUUGUCUCAUCAGCUUCAUAUCUAGUCACUGCUUCGAUCUCAGAUAGAAUGACCUCAUUUCCCUGCAUGUCUUCAAUACUAAAUGGCUCUACUUGUAGGAAAGUAUCGUUCUUUCCAUCGGUAGCCAAGCCUUCAAGGACCUUUAUUUCGUUCAGAUCGUCAUUGGUGAGCACGAUCUCAAUAACAUCUGCUGGCGGUGUGACAGAAUCAUAGAGCCCGCUUAGUGAGUAUAUCUCACCCAUCAUCCCAGUAUCAUCACUGUAGAAGGUGAGGCCAGACGUAUCGAGACUUGAGGAAUUGACAGUCUCAGUGAAACUCAGUGUGAGUAUGCCCGUGUCCAGGUCCAGGUCAAACCCAGUGAGUCUUGGAGAGGUAUUGUCCUGCUCAUAGUUUGCUGCCAUUAGAGCACUAGUUGUGUUCUGCUCAACCACACUGUUUCCAAAAGUGUCUGUGAUGGUGGAUUCAGCGAAAUACAAGUAUGUAUCAUUCCGUGAUGUAGCCAGCAGAGUGUUUUGUUUGAUCGCAUUCAGGUCUAAUGUUCCGAGUUUGAUCACUAUUGUCGGCAGGUUUUCAUCAGUUUCUGGGAAAGAAUUCUCAGUAAGAGUGAAUACAAAUGACUCAUUGUAGUCGGGACCAGGGGCUAGAGUUAUCUGGGUGACGUUGAGAGACAUAAUGUCAACAGAUUCAUUGAAAUGGAGCGUGAGUGUUUCAGCAGUUAGAUCAAUUUCAAAACUCUCGACAAGCGGUGGUGUUGUGUCAUUGGUAUACAAACGGACAGGUCUUGCAAAUCCAUUUGCAAUGGGGUUUAUGGGUAGCUGUCGAAGAACGUCCAUCACUGUGUAAUUUUUCAAUGUCAACCAGAUUGUAUUUUCUGUCUGACCGAUUCCCCGGGUCUUUAGGACAUUCAGAUCAUCAUUGCUUAUUAGCAGGGGCACAGUAGGAGCAUCGCCAAUCUGUGGGACAGUGCUCGGUGUGAGACUGAAGUAUUGCACUGGGUCUGUUACCACCGAGUCCAGCUGUAGAGUGAUACCAGUAAAGUCAAAAGUCGAAACAUCGACGGUUUCAGAGAAGAAUAGAGUGAGAACGCCAGUAUUCAUGUCCAUGUCAAACGCGAGAAUUCUAGGCUCAGUACCAUCAUUGAUAAAACUGCUAGCCAUGACAGCACUUGUAGUGUUGACCUCGGUCACUGGAUUUCCACUGACAUCAGUGAUAAACUCUGGUGGAAUCGAAACGAAGGAAGAGGCAGUUCCUCGUAUGAGACUCAACAUCUGUUUAACAGUGUUGAGGUCAGACCUUGUCAUGUUGACAAUGACUUGGAGCUGGUUCAUGGUGGUAGCAGUGCCUCCAGUGAGAGUGAAUGACUCCACGCCUGGCCCGGAUGUUGGGGCUGAUAGCAAGGUGAUGAGGGUAAGAUUGACAGUGUCUAUAUCGAUGGGCUCAUCAAACAGGAGGGUCAGGAGACCAUCAUCAAUGAGGUCCACUUCAAAGUCAAUGAGUUGCGGGCUAACUCUGUCAUCACCAAAGUCAGUUGCACACAGGGAGGUAGCAACAUUCGUGUUUUCCAGUGUGGACAGGUCUUCUAUGAGGGCAGAAUGGACUAGGAGACAAGUGUUGUUCCUCCUGGUGGCAAGUUCCAAAUCACGCUUGAUGUUGUUCAGAUCGAAGUCAUUGAGGAGUAUUGAUAUGACAGUUGAAUCUUCCGCAUUCAGUACUUCUCCACCAGUCAGUGGGACUGAUCCUGAUCCAGACACAUCAGAUUGGAACGUAAUUCUCAGAGGAUUGGUCGAGAGAUGGUCCACUGUCUCGUCAAAUGUCAACAUUAGUACUUCAGUGCUCAAGUUGAAACUAAAGUACCUGAGAACAGGUGGGCUGGAGUCUAUGGUGUAAUUAGCUGGGUCUACUUGUUGAGCUAGGGUCUCUGCGAUGGGCACAACAGGUAGACCAAACGUAUCAAGAAGGAGAGUGGAAGGGAACGAGAUAAAAGUAUCGUCAGGUGAUGUAGCUAGGGAGGUCAGUUUCUUGAUGGCAUUGGCAUCCUGUGAAUUUGUUGCCGAGAGAUCCACCAAGAGCUCUGGUAGGUUCAAUGGGUUGAUGCUGGCCGAGCUACUCUGCAGGGUGUAGUAUUCUCCAGCAAUGAGGAAACUGAACUCUUGGAGUGUGAGGGCACUGACGUUGAAUGACGUGAGGUUUAUCACUUCCGUGAACGACAGUGUGAGCUGUAGAGUGUCCACGUUCAGAUUGAAUGACAAAAGCUCUGGUCGUGUGACAUCGGGGAAAUAGUUGCUGGUGUUCACCUCUUGUGGCAUGGAGCGAGGAACUUCGACGACGGCAUUAGAGUUGUGAUCAGUUGUUAGAGAGGGAGUCAGAGCGAGGAGAGUUGUGGGUGCAGACACGGCAAUCUCUGGGCGGUGUUUGAUCUGGUUCAAGUCCUCUGCCGUUAUGAAAACACUCACAAUGUGUGGAGUGGUGGAAAGGUCAAUGGUAGAGUUACCACCAGUUAGUGAAUACGACACAAUCUCAGGUUCCUCAGCUGGGCUUUCAUCAGACGUGUUCAACCCACUACCACUGGCAAUACCACUUCCAGAACCACUGGCACUACUGUUGCCACUGCUGGACAAACUAGAGCCACUACUGCCGCUACCACUACCACUCGACACAACAGGGACCAUGUAGCUCAGAUCUGGUUCAGCUAGAAAGGUUAGCGCUGUCAAAUCCAGUGGCAAGACGACAACUUCGGUGAAGGUGAGUAUCAGCACACUGGAUUCUAUGUCAAGAGUGUAGUCAACCAAUUGUGGUGGAGUACCAUCUUCAACUACUUCUCUAGCUUUAGUAGGGACAGUGUCGUGACAGUAUAAAAUAUUGGUUGUGUCUAGCACAGACAUUUGGAAGAGUAGGGCAUACGCGUUGUGAGGGUGUGUAGCCAGCAGAGUGUUGGCCUUGAGGCGAUUCAAGUCAUACUGUGUCAACUCCAGGGAGACAAGUUGGCUAUACAAUGUAUCAUCGUAGUACCCACCAGUGAGAAGGUAGCCGUGCAUAGGAUUGCUUGACGAAUCACUCUGUAUGUUGACUUGGGUCGGAUCAAAUGUCGAAGUGUUCACAGGCUCAUUGAACGUCAGGUUUAGCAGUCCAGUGUUCAAAUCUAGACUAAAGUCUUGCAAAUAUGGACAACUCAAGUCUGGUGUGAAGAACUCGACUUGUCUGGCCUGAUCUAAUGACUCACUGACUAUUUCAUUGUCUGACUGAUCACGUAUGAACUGACUCGUAAACGAGAUGUAAGUGUCAUCCCUAGAAGUAGCCAAGUCUACCAGUGCUUUCACCUGGUUUAGGUCAUCGACAGCUAGCGUGAGUAUGACAAUGGUACCACUCUCUCUAGUCGUUAGAGGCACAUCAGAAUAGCUCUGUAUAGUUGGAGUAUAGUUGGACACAGGAUUGGAUGCACUUGACUGCAGAGUCAGUUGUGUGCCAUCGAAUGAGCUGGCAUUGACAGACUCUGAGAAGGUGAAUGCUAUCUCUCCACGGUCGAGAUUCAGCGAGUAGUUUCUGAGCUGCGGUGGAGUUACAUCAGGAUACACUACACCAGCACGAAGAGCGUCCACUUCAAGUAUGGGCUCAAUGCUGUUGUCAAACAUAUCCAUCAGGAAAUGGUACUCAACAGAUAGAAAUGUGUUGUUCUCAUCAGUGGCCAAGUCAGUGAGACUCUUGAGCAAGUUCAGGUCCUCUUGAGAGAAUGUCAGGGUCAGAAUUGGAUCAUUGUCGGCAGAAACAUACGCCUCUGUGAGAGACACUCUAGUGGCAUCUGUACUCUGCUCACUCAGGAUGGUAAUGGCAGUGGCAUUGAGCGAGCUGGCAUUGACUGUUUCAGAGAAAUACAGAGUGAGGUUCUCCCGGUCCAAGUCCAACGUGAAAUACAGGAGCUCAGGGCGAGUGUCAUCAGUUACGAAACCUGACACAACGAGAGCAGAAGUGGGAGACAGAACAGAGAGAGUGUUAUCAUUCAUGUCCUCGACUGCACCCUCUGUGACCGAAAGGAACGUUGUGUAAUUGUCUGUCGCCAGCUGUGUUUGUCUCUUCAACUCAUUCAGGUCAAACAGGCUGAUAUUCACAGUCAGUACUGGUCCGUUGCUGCUGGGAGUGAAGCUAGAGGCGGUGAACAUGAACAGAGGGGAGGAAACAUUACCAACUGGCUGCAGUGAUAUCUCUGUGAUGUCAAGAGAAGAUGCAUUGACACUCUCAGAGAACGAGAGGGUCAAAAUACCAAGAUUCAUGUCCAGAUCAAAGGCUUCCAGGUCAGCUGGGACUGUGUCUGGGUAGUAAUCAUCUGCAUUCAUAGGCACAGACUCAGGCAACACUGGGUUAUUGUUGACAUCAUCAACAGUCGCAGCAAUCAAUGUAAGGUAUGUAUUUGCUGGAUCAGUAGCUAGUGAUGUGUCCAGUUUGAUGCCAUUCAAGUCUGGGCGAGUGAGAAUGAGAGCUACGUCUGGGGUGUCAUCUGUGUUAGCAACUAUUCCUCCUGUUAGAGUGAAACUGACAGAGUUAUUGAGUUGCCCACUGUGAAGGGUUAUCCCAGAAGCAUCAAAGCUUGCGAUAUCAACAGUCUCGGAGAAGCUCAGGGUCAGGACUUCCGUUGUGAGGUUAAAAGCAAAUGCUUCCAGUUCUGGACUUGUAUCAUCUCCAGUGUAGUUGACUGCCAUUCUGGCUGACUCAUUGAACACUUCCAGUGAGACUCCAUUGACCAUAUCUAAUACAGUCCCUUCUUCUAAUGUGAUAUAUGUGUCGUUCUGCUCAGUUGCCAGUGCUCUUAGCCGCCGAAUCUCAUUCCCAUCAAAUCGACUGAGACUCACUUCCAGUAUUGGAUGGUCAGAACUGGGGUUAAUAGUGACACUGUCUGUCAGGGUGUGAUACUCUGUGGUGUUUCCCAGCUCUUCUGUAGCCUGUAAACUAAUAGAGUUGAUACUGAGCGAACUAGCAUUGACUGUCUCAGAGAAGGUGAGUGUGAGAAUAUUGCUGUUCAGAUCGAGUGUGAAGUUCACUAGAUAGGGUUGUAUAGUGUCGGCAGUGAAAUUUCUGACUGGGAGAGGUGUAGGUGUGGUUUGAUUGACAACUGCAUUAUCAUCCAUAUCAGUAACCAGUUCAGAUGUAAUUAGUAGGAACGUGUUGUCCUCACUUGUGGCCACUUGAGUUAUUCUCUUCAGGUUGUCCUCAUCCCCCUUUGAAAACUGUAUGGUAACACUCGGACCAUUGGGAGAGAGUAUCUCCCCUUCUAUUAGCGUAUAAUUGACGGCAUACGGCUGGCGAGACUCAACAAGAGUCAAUGCAGAGAAUUGGAUGCUGGAGACAUUAACCGUCUCAGAGAAAUAGAGAGUGAUGUUUACACCAUUCAUGUCGAGGUCAAAGUUCUCCAGCAUUGGUGGUGAGACAUCAGCCGUGUAGUUUCGUACUCGUUUAGCAUUUGGCUGCCGGAUGAGCACAGCUGGAUUCCCAGCCAUGUCCAACACUGCUUCCUCUGUUAGUUCAAUGAAAGUGUCGUUUUCAUCUGUUGCCAGUUGAAUCAAGGCCUUGAUGAUGUUAAAAUCGUUUCUGGGUAGAAUUAGGUCAAUCGUUGGCCCAUCUGUGGAAUUGACAUAACUCUCUUCUAGCUGGAAGAAUUGGUCCUCUGAGUCUUGUCCACCGAUAAGUGUGAUAGAGCUGAUAUUAACCGAGGAAGCAUUGACUGUUUCAGAGAAGUACAGAGUCAAGACUCGAAGAUCGAGGUCUAAAUCAAACUCUUCCAGAACAACAGAUGUGCUAUCAGCAGUAUAUGUUCCCACUGGCAGUGCCACUGUACCAGAUAUUUCCACCACACUGUUCCCAAACACAUCCUCAACCAGAUCAGAGCUGAUUGAAACGAAAGUACUAUUCUGAUCAAUGGCUAGUUCUGUGAGUUUCUUUAUGGCAUUCAGAUCAUCCAACCCAAGAACCACUUCCAGAGUGUGAUAGGUUGAGGAGUUCAGGUAGCUUGAGACUGUCAGGGAAUAGUGGUUGAGGGAAUAGUUACCCAUAGCAGUAUCUUGGAGUGUGAUUGAAGUUAUGUUGAACUGUGACACAUCCACAGUUUCAGUGAAGCUCAAUGUCAAGAUUUCAGAAUCCAAGUCGAGGUCAAAGCUCUGCAGUUGUGGAAGUGUGGAAUCGGUUGUAUAGUUGGACACCAUCCGAGUCACCAUUACCACUCCCUGGUCGGCCAUGUCAAGGAUGGCUGACUCGUUUACUGUGAGCCAGGCAGUCUCUCGAGUGAGAGCAAUACCUCUCCGUUUGAUCUCGUUCAAGUCAUCGUGCGUUAUCCUGAUCAGCGCAGUCACUCCAUCUUCCAUCAUGGUCAGAUUCCCACCGGUCAACAUGUACUGGCUCAUCUCCAACGAGACGUUGGGUCCCUGCUGCAGUAUCAGACCGCCAAACAACAAUGUUGACACAUCAACCGUCUCUGGGAAACGGAGAGUUAUGAGUCCACUGUCCAUGUCCAGAUCAAACCCAAGAAAGACUGGGGGUGUUACGUCGUCAAAGUAAACAGAGACAGACUUGGCAUCUGAUGCAAGAAUUGGAUCAACUGCAUUGCCGUUCAUGUCUUCAAUUGCAGUGGACUCAAUGCUGAUGUAGGAUGUGAGGUUUGAUGUGAACAGAUGUUCAUUCCGCUUUAUUUCAUUUAGAUCGUCCACAGUGAUAUUGACUACUAUCAGGCGACCAUUAGCACUGUACGUUGAACCAUCGUUCAAAGUGAAGCUCGUAAUGGGCACUUCUAUGAUGACAUCAUCCAUUCCAAAUUCCAUGUCCAUUGUGGCAUUAGUGAAUGUGCCAUUGACCAUAGUUUCAUUGAAUGAUGUUGAGUUGGCAGACAUAUUUGUCUCACUUGCCAGUUCGACUCUCCCAGAGAGGAGGGUGAUGGAAGUGUAAUCUAUAGAACUGACAUUGACUGGCUCAUCAAAUGUCAAAUACAGAAGUCCUCGAUUCAUAUCCACAGAGAACAACACAAGGACAGGAUCCACCUUGUCCUCUUCAUAGCCAGUUUCAUCAAUUGCUAGUGUGAGAUUCUGAGCAGGAUUAGGUUCAAGUGCCAUGUCAUACACCACUGUGGAAUCAAUCUGUAGCCAUGUUGUUUGUGGGCUCGUGGCUAGCUCUGUGUCCAGCUUGAUGUCAUCGAGAUCAUCAAGGGACAGCAAGAACUUGACUGUGGUUGAGUUUUCCGUAGAGAUCAAACGGUAAUCACGGAGGACAUGGUAUGAAGACAGUGUCGUGUUUUCAGCUGAUCGGAGUGUGAUGUCGGUGAUGUUGAAGCUUCCAACAUUUACUGUUUCGUCGAAUGUGAGGAUGAGCUCUUCAGAGGUGAGAUUGAGAGUGUAUGAGAGAAGUAAGGGUCCUGUUAUAUCCUCCUGGUAGCCACCUGCUGCAACUGACUUGGCAAGGUAAUCUGGGAUUGGUUCAACCAGCAAGUCCACCAUAUCCAACACUGUCUCAUUCGGAAAUGAAACAUAGGUAUUGUAAGGAGUUGUGGCGAGCUGGUAAAUGGCUUUCACAGCAUUCAGAUCGAUGCUACCUAUGUAAACUGUUAUAACUGGAUCAUCAGUGCUGUUAGUAAAACUGUAAUUAGGAUAGGGACCAUCACUCAGGGUAUGUCUCUCAUCAGUGGCCAUGCUCGCAGACUGCAAUGUGAGCAAUGAUGUGUUGAAUGAUGAGACUCUCACAGUUUCAGAGAAUGUGAGGGUGAGGACGCCAGCAUCAACAUCGAGACUGAAGUAUAGCAGAGUGGGUCUGAUUUGGUCCUGGGUGAAGUUGGCGACCUGAAGUGCAUUAGUUCCAGGGAUUUGUAUCACAGCAUUCUGCUCCAUAUCAUCUAUUGCCUCCGAAGUCAGGGAGAGGAAAGUAUUGUUACUCGAUGUGGCUACACUAGUCAGACGUUUGAGGUCAUUCAAAUCCAAGGUGCUAAUGCUGAUAAUCAGAUAAGUAUCAUUUGGUGAAGCAGUAAAACUUGUGUUUGUAAGCGACAGAGUGAAUAAUGAACCACUCGAAUUUUCAGCUUGUUGGAUAGUUAUAGCCUCAACACUCAGGGACUCGGUAUUGACUGUUUCAUUGAAGCGCAGUGUGAGCUCACUGCUAUCAAGAUCCAAAUCAAACUCUUCAAGCUCAGGCUGAUUGGUGUCCUUGAUGUAGAGGGAUACCGGUAGAGGUUUGUCUGCGUCUAUAGCCACAAUACUGUUACCAUUCAUGUCUUCAACCAAGAAUUGACUAGUGGAGAGGUAGGUAGAGCUGUUGUCUCUUGCCAGGAAGUGUAGAUGCUUGAUCUCAUUCAGAUCAGAGUCAGCAAUAUCAACCACCACAAUUGCAGAGUUGGAGGAUGUAGUGUAACUUUCAUCGGAGAGUGUGUGUUGAUGAGUUACGUUCUCAAAGACACAGCAUCCUGAAGAGUUAUCUGCUCAAUAUCGAAUGUUGAGACAUUGACAGUUUCAGAAAACAUGAGUGUUAGUAGUCCGGCGUCCACGUCGAGGUUGAAUGAGAGCAGCUCUGGCAGUACACUGUCAGGGAUCAGAUCAUUAGCCACAAGUUCUGCCGAUCUGUUUGUGGGUAGCAGCAGAUUUCCACUCAUGUCUUCAAUCGCACCACCCAAUAUGGAAAGGUAAGUGUUGUUCUUUUCAACCGCCAAGUCAGCGACCUGUUUGAUGACAUUGAGAUCUGCAGUAGUCAGCUCCAAUUCUAUCUCAUGAUAGUUAAAGGGACUCAGAAUGCCUCCACUGAGAGUGUAUGACUGAGCCAUUGUAUCAUUUAGGGCUCUUGAAUAGAUGGUUAUUGAAGAGGCUGUGAGUGUAGAUGCACGUACAGUCUCUGAAAAGGAUAGAGUGAGUAUUUCUGAUGAGAUGUUGAGACUGAACCCAAUCAAUUCAGGUUGUAUUUCAUCAUCACUAAAGUUUAGAGCUUGAAUUCCAGCAAAUGGUGGUACAGGUAGCAUAGGGUUUUCACUCAUAUCUAGAAUGGCAAACUGUGUGGCAACUAGGUACGUGUUGUAAGUUGAAGUGGCAACCGAUGUGAGGCGCUUGAUUUCAUUCAGAUCAUUGAGCCCCAGGUAUAUGGUGACUACUGUUGAGAAGUCAGUCGAAUGUGUACUAUCAUAAAGCUGUCUGAACUCCUGCCCUUGCUCCAUUGCUCCUUGUACAGUGAACUCUGAAACACUCAGUGAAGAUCCAUUCACAGUUUCAUCAAAUGUCAAAACAAUCUCUUCCAUGGUCAGAUCGAUUGUGAAGGUGAGAAGCUCAGGACUCAAGUAAUCGGGGUAGACAUUAAGAGCCAUUAAAGCUUCUUCAAUGGUGAUGUUUGACACAGGGUUUUUGUUCAUAUCCAUGAUGAGGUCACUGCUGAAUGCAAUGAAAGUGUUGUUCCUGCCGGUGCCUAGGUCUAUCAGUCUCUUCACUUCAUUCAAGUCGUCUGUUAUUGAGUACACUGUGAUCAUGGUGGAAUCCAAUACGGAGGACAUGCCACCGUUGAGCUUUAGGGAACUAAAAUUGGCGGAGAAGUUCUGUACACUCUGCAGAAUUAUUUCCUCUUCGAUGAUUGUAUUUGCACGGACAGUUUCAUCAAAGGUGAGUAUAAUUGCUCCAUUGUUCAAGUCGAGUUCGAAAUUGAGCAGGACUGGUGACGUAGUAUCAUAGAUAAAGUCUGAUGCAGGCAGUCCCUCUUUUGAGAUAGUUGCCAGAAUACUUUCGCCAUAAUUGUCUCUGAAGGCUUCAGCUCUGAGUGAAACAAACACAUUUUCACGGGCGGUCCCAAGAUUAUCGUUGACCUUGAUCCGGUUGAGGUCCGGAGUAGAGAUAUUAAUGGAAAUGCGGUAUCCAUUCUCACUCUCAGUCAAGCUACCCUUUGUGAGGGUAACACUAUCAGGAGAGAUGACUGAAGCAUUUUGGAUAGUCACGGCUUCAGGGUAGAACAUGCUGGCAUUGAUGAUGUCGUUGAAGGUGAGGUGUAGAAGACCCAGGUUCAUGUCGAGAACAACGUCAAUUAGCUCGGCAGGGGUGGUGUCAAAUACAAACUCAGAUGCGGGAAGUGCCAUUUGGAAUGGAAUAGCCACAAGUUCAUUUCCCGCCAUGUCCAGUAUAGACCCAUUUGAAAUGCUCAGCCAUGUGUCCUGACUGCUGGUUGCAAGUAGAGGUGACAGCUUGAGGUAGCGAAUGUCUGGACCUUCUAGAUAACCAGUCAGGACCAUGGUCCCAUUGAUGUUGGUAUCAUCAAUAUUGGUGCCUCCAACAAGAGUUCUCGAAUCACUUGGAGCAGGAGACUGACUCGAUAUCAAGGUUAUACCUUCAUAUUCCACCGAAGACACCCGGACAGGCUCAUCGAAACUGAGACUAAUGAGGUCGAAGUCCAAGUCUAGUGAAAACAUUACAAGGUUUGGCGGUGUCAUGUCAGCUCUGAGCCCACCUGCCAUGAUGGGUAGUGCUUCAUCUGGACCAAUUGGUAUCACUGGGUUUGGCUCUCUCUGUACCGCAUCGUUUAUGAGGUCACUUGUUAUGGAUAUAAAGGUGUUGCUCUCAGACGUACCAAUCAUUUCAGUUGCACGGAUUCGGUUAGUGUCAGCGUAGAGCAAAUCAAUGAUAAUGACCCUUCCAUCAGAACUUGAAGUUGUCCCUCCACUGAGCUGGACAAAUGCAGCAUCCACAGACUGGUCUCCAUAUAUUGAAAUAGCAGUAGCAUCAAGAGGCGAUGCGGAGACAAUUUCGUCAAAGCUCAACGUGAGAGUGUUAUUGUUCAAGUCCAGUUGGAAGGACACGAGACUUGGUGAGGUUACAUCAUCGACGAAAUCAAGUGCAUCAACGGCAAAGUUCAUCGGAACCACUAGAGCAACGUUUUCAGCCAUAUCUGUAGCGAACCCCUCAGCCAGAGAUAUCCAGCAGUUGUUGAUGUCAGAACACAAACCCCUGUGCUGCUGGAUUGCUAGGAGAUCAUAAUCUGACAGCGUAAACACGACAUAAAUGUCAUCUGAGCUAGUGACAACUCCACCAGUCAGUGUAUGAGACAUUUGUGCAUCGCGAUAGAAAGAUUGGAGAGUCACCUUUGUGAGAUUAACACUGUUUGCCAUUAUGGUCUCGUUGAAUGUCAGGGUCACAGUGUUUUCUUCAAGAUUAAACUGUGUGAAGGAAACUAGGGAGGGUGGGUUAGUAUCUGGGGUGUACGAUGUUGUAUCAAAUCCACACCCGUCAAAUAUAUUGUCAAGUGAAUUACUAGCUUGAUCGAGAAUUGGAUCACCAGCGAUUGAGAGACAGCAAUCCAUUCCAUUGUUGCUAAAAACACACAGUUUCUGACGUUUUAUUUCGUUGAGGUCCUCAAAUGUGAGUGGGCAGACAAACACUGUCUGAUCAUCGCUCGUGCAACUGCCACCAGUCAGUGUGUGGUUGUAUAAUGUCUCGGUGCAAGUUUCUAGCUCAUCCAGGUCAUCAAUGAAGCCAGAGCCAGAGUCCAUGCCACUAGCACUGCCACUACCAGAUACCACUUCACUUGAACUACCUGAGCCAACACUAUAGCCAACCUCACCUGAACCUGAACCAGAAAUGACGCCGGAGCCAGAGGCUGACCCAGAGCUUGGUUGUUCAGUGUUACAAUAGAAACAGCAGUCUCUGAUUGUGAACUGGGUAGGCUCGAGAGUGGUGAUAUUUACUGCCUCGCUGAACGUGAGCAUCAACACUCCUUCUUCUAAGUUUACCACAUACUCUAGGAGAACCGGCGGAACUGUGUCUAAUCCAAAACUUCCAGAUUGAACCUGAGUUGCCUCUCUUUCUUCAGUUUUGUCCGUUCCAACGAUGGGAUUAGCGUUCAUAUCUUCCACGAGCAAGGACGUGAAGUUGAUGAAGGUGUUCUCAGGACCAGUGGCAACUCCCACCCGCUGCUUGAGGUUGUUCAGGUCGUUAAACGAAAGAGUGAGUAUGAUUUCCGUGUCAUACGCCAUUGUCCAUUCAACACUAUCAGUCAGUGUGUAAGAGGUCUCAACAUCAGUAAAAACGGCAGAACUCUGGAAUGUUAUUGCAGUAGGAUCAAAUGUGCUGGCUCGCACCGUCUCUGAGAAUGAGAAUACAACAACGCCAGAUGUCAGGUUGAAGGUGAAGGACCGCAGCGUUGGCUGUGUUUGGUCCUCGGUGUAUUCAAACACUCCUCGAGCUGAUCUUCUGCCAAUUUCCACGACUUGGUUGUCGUUCAUGUCCCUAAUUGUACUGGAAGUCAAGGAGAUAAAAGUAUUAUAUUGAGACGAUGCUAAGUUUGACUGUUCCUUCAACCCAUUUGUGUCUUCUUCCGUUAGGUUUAUGACAAUGACAGUUCCAUUUGGACUCAGAGUUGCACUGGAUUGGAGAGUGUAGUACUCCUGCUGUACAGUACUGUUGUCUUGUAUGGUAAUGCCAGUAACAUUCAGAGAAUCAGCAUUCACUGUUUCAUCAAAUGUAAGUGUCAAGGUACCUGUCAGCCCAUCAAGAGAGAUAUCAAAGCUGACUAGCGAUGGUUGGACCAUAUCUGGUAUGAGACUAAGAGACUGCUUUGGGAAAGACACAUUGAGUGCCACCACGUCCACAUUACUCGUAUCAGUCACAAACAAUGAUGUAAAGGACAAGUAGGUGUUGUUUCUUUCUGUUGCAAGGUUAUAUAGUCGUUUUAUUUCGUUGAGGUCAGGGAUAUUCAGUAGCACUUGAACAACAGGUGUGUUAAGUGAAUGAAUCACUCCACCAGUUAGUCUCACAGACUCAACCGAGUCUGUACCAUCAAUGGGGCUACUCAGGAGAAUGCUUUCUGUCAGAUCUAUACUGGCUACAUUGACAGUUUCUGAAAAAUAUAGAGUGAGUAUUUCCGUGGAGAGAUCGAGGACAAAAUCAUCCAGCUCAGGUGGGAUUGUAUCAGCUCCAACCUCACUUGCUUUUAGACCCUGUCUGUUAGAAAUCCUGGUCACUUCAUUUCCCACUGUGUCAGCUAUAACAAACGAGCUGAAACUGACGAAAGUGUUGUUGGUGACUGUUGUCAGAGAUGUUCUUGCUUUCAGGGCAUUGAGGUCAUUCAAACCGAGAGUAACGGUAACAAUUGCACCAUCAGGUGAAGUUGAUGAAUAACUAGAAUUUGUCAAGGUGUAGUAGAAAAGCCCAUCAACAUCUUGUACUAUGCGAGCACUGUUUUGAAUAGUCAGUUCCGUCACCUCCAGUGAACCGCCAACAUCAACAGUCUCACUGAAUGUUAGCACUAGAGUUCCUUGUGUCAAGUUCAACACGUAUGACUCCAGAACCGGGUCAGUUGUGUCGGGUGUGUAGUCAUCAAACAACACCUGCAGGGCAUCCAGACCAUUGUCUCUGGAUGCAACCUCCUGUUGGUUCUGGUCAGAGACAAAUGUGGCGGGAAACACAACCCAUGUGGUGUUGGCACUGUCUGCGAUCCUACGAGAUUUUAUCUGGUUCAGGUCCGAAUCUGAUAUAUCUACAAAUACAAUGGUAUUGUCCCUAGGUGCAUAGAGGGAGCUGCUCUGAAGGGUAUAACUGGAGGUUUCAAUGCUGGUAUUAACAUAGGAUGAUUUCUGAAUGGUGAACUCGUCAAGAUUGAGUGAAGAGACAUUGAUAGUUUCAGAGAAUAUUAGUACGAGACUUCCAUCGUCCAUAUCAAGAUCGAAGCUUAAAAGUUGAGGCAUUGUCGCGUCAUCAAUGAACUUUACGGCCUUUCUUGCAUCUCCAUCUUGGAUUGGUACAAUAGUAUUUCCUGCCAUGUCCCUAAUAAACUCUGACUCAAUGACAAGAUAUGCAGAGUCUAUGUCUGUGUAGAGCAUGAUAUUCUUUUUUAUUUCAUUCAGAUCGCUCUCGGUUAUGGGGACAACUACUGAGAGCCCUGGAACACUUGGAGUCACCCCUCCUGUCAGUCGAUACGUCCCACGAACGUCUAUGAAGGUUUCUGUUCCUUGGAGAAUGAGACCAGUGGCAUCGUAUGUUUCAGUGUCAACAGGCUCAUCAAAGUUAAGAAUGAGGAUGCUGCUGUUUAUGUUGACAGUAAAGUUAUUCAGAGUCGGUGAGACACUGUCACGGGUGUAACCCAUAUCUCUGACUGGUAAAACAGCGCCGUUGCUUGGGUUUGGCUCAAGUGCAUUGUCAUAAAAUGCAGCAUCUUCAAUUUGAAGAUUGGUGUUGUUGCUGAAGCUUGCAAGACCACGUAUGAGCUUUAUGAGGUCAAGAUCGGCUUUUGUGAGACUAAUGCUAACUUCGGCUCCAUCAGUUGCUAUACCAUCAUAGCCAGUCAAAAUGUACAUGGACAGAUCAUUCGUCAUUUGCCGACGAUUGAAACCUGAACCAGAGCCUGAACCUGAACCAGAUCCUGACGAAGAUCCAGAACUCAGCACAGGAUCCUCAGGUAGCCGAGAAAGUAGAGUUAUCAGAGAUACUUGAGCACUGUAGAUGUUGACAGUCUCAUCAAAGGUGAGUAUUAAAACUCCGGAUGUCAGGUUUAGAGAGAACGAGAGCAGAACUGGGCCUUGGACAUCCUCGGAGAAGAAUUCAGGUGAGAUGGGUUGAGCCAUUGUGCUGGGCGCGGGCAUAACAGGAUUACCAGCAAUAUCACUCACCAUCGUGUCUGGGAAGCUCAGGUAUGUAGUGUUUGGCUCCCUAGCCAGUUCAGUGAUUUCCUUGAUGGCAUUCAGAUCUACAGACCCAAUAUCAACCUUCACGCUAUGAGUGUCGUUAGACUUUGUCGAGCUGAGCAGUGGUGAACCACCCAUUGUGAGAGUGUAGGAGAAGAAAUCAGUUGAAACGUUUUCACGAGGCUGCAGUGUGAUUUGACUGAUAUUGAAGCUGUAGAUAUCAAUUGUCUCACUAAAGUUGAGCACUAGAACGCCGGAAUCAAUGUCUAAUGAAUACGACUCAAGCUCUGGUCUGAUGGAGUCUUGGCCAAAUUUUAGCAGCGGGAAACUGUUGUUUCCAGUGGCUUCUACCACAGGGUUUCCAUUCAUAUCAGCUACUGUCCAAUUAGUAAUUGCGACAUACAUUCUGCCUGAUCCAUCAGCAAGACCUCUAAUUCGCUUGAUUUCAUUGAGGUCAUCCAGCCCAAUUUCAAUGGUGACAACGUCAUUGUAGGGGGUCAUGGUAAAGGUCCCUGGGGUUGUGAAGGAGAAGGACAAGUCGUUUGGCACUUCUUCAUCAGCUUGUCGAACGAAAGAUAUUUGGGUCACGUCCAGAGAAGUGGUGUUGACUGUCUCAGAGAAAUACAGGACUAAGAGCUCUGACGUCAGAUUGAAGCUGACAUCAAGUAGCUCAGGUGGAGUUGUGUCCUCAGUAUAGACAAAAACAGGUGCAGAGUUUUCAGGAUAAAUUUCAGUUACAUUGUUGGAGUACAUGUCAUCAACGAGGUAAGAAGUAAGUGAUAUGAAUGUCGUUUCGUUUGAUGAUACCAGUCCAGGCACUCGCUUCAGUUCAUUGCUGUCCUCCAGUGUUAAAUUCACAACUACUAGUGUCGAAUUGUCCAUUGUUAUAUCUCCUCCAGUCAAGGUGAGGUUGAAUACGGUUUCAUUGGUAUCUGUAGUGUUCACAUUGAGCAGUGUGAUCUGUUCUACAUCAAACGUUGUCACAUCAACCGUCUCAGAGAAGGUCAAAUAGAGUUUGUCAGAAUCAAAAUCGAGAUCAAACGACUCUAGGAAUGGUUCAGUGGUAUCGGGGGUGAAUACUCCAACCUGUUGUGGAUUUUCUCCACUGAUAUUCGUGACAUUGUUUCCAAUCAUGUCCAAAAUAGCUCCUUCACUUAUAGAGAGGUAGGUAGAAGAGUUGGCCGUUGCCAGGUUGUAAAGUCGUCUGAUCUCAUCGGAAUUGGAUUUCAACAGUGUCAGAUUUAUCAUGGUUGAAUCGGCAGAGGUCGAGUUGUCCCUGCCCAGAGUAAGAACACCAAACUCAUCAACAGAUCCGGGCCCACUGAGAAAGGUGAACAGGUCAUACUGUAUUGUAUCAGCGUCAACUGUCUCUGAGAAUGUAAGGAGCAACAGGUCACUAUCCAGGUCAAGGUCAUAUGAUAUCAAUUCUGGAGGAGUGAUAUCCUGAGUGAAGUUGGCCACUUGGAGAGCGUGAGUCGUAGUUAUCUCACUCACAGUGUUAAGGUUCAUAUCCUCAACCAAGUACUCACUGAAAGAGAUGUACGAGUCAUUUUCGGAAGUGGCAAUUAGCUCAAUUCUCUUGAUUUCAUCCAAGUCUGCGUUUGUGAUCCACAGCACAAUAUAGAGGGUGUCAUCGAGGGAGUGUUGUCCACCUCUCAGAGUGUGACCGACUGUCGAGUUUCGAGCAGACUGGAUGCGGACCUGAGUAACAUCGAAAGAACUUGCAUUAAUAGUCUCAGAAAAGUAUAGAGUGAGGAUGCCCCUGUUCAUAUCUAGGUCCCAGCUGACAAGAUGUGGGGAAGUGAUGUCAGGGUCCAAGAAGGCUUUGAGAGCGUCUGUGGUGGGUCUCUCAACGAUCCAGUUGGAGUUCAUGUCCCGUAUCAGGUUAAAUGGGAAAGUGAUAAAUGUAGUUUCACUAGAUAUAGCCAGUCCGUAAAUUCUCUUCAAUUCAUCCCAAUCAAACUCGGACAAUGUCAAAUGGACUACUGGAUCAUCCAUUUCUUCUGCGUGUGACCCACCAGUAAGUGUAUAGUAUAGCACAUCAUCAGCGUAGUAGUAGGUUACCUCACUCAUGUUAAAGAAAUAAACAACCUCAGCUACGGUCAUAUUCUCAUAGUCACCAGUGAUAUUCAACUGUGCCAGAGUUACGUUAUCUGCGAUGUUGAACCCACUUGCAUUCAGUAGAUCAGUGAAGUUGUCAAAUGAAAAACCUGUAGCAAUCUCAAAGCCGGUAUCGUUAAAAGUGAAAGUCGCAUUCUCUAAGAGUACGGUCGAAUUAACACUUUGGAACGUGAUCAGAGUUCUAUUCAGCGUGUUUGAUUUUACAGUCUCAUUAAAUGUUAGAUGAAGGAUGCCUUCGUCCAUGUCCAACACAUACUCUAAGAGGCUUGGUGGGUUGGUAUCUUCAGUGAAAUUCCGCGCCAUCAGAGCAUCAAACACUCCAAACUCUGGUCGUGGAAUAGAGUUGAUACGCAAGUUUCUCUCGUCAAAUAUAAAUUCUUCUGUGUGUGUAAUAAAUGUGUUAGCAGGAGAGGUGGCAAGUUGUUCGUUUCGUUUCAGUUCAUUCAGAUCGUUGUAGUUGAAUUCUAGCACUGUAAAAUACCCAUUACUACUGUGUGUGUUGCCGCCAGUGAGGGUGUGAUUAAUAGAGACGACAUCACCAAUGUUGCCGUUGUGUAGAGUCAGGAACUCAGGGUUCAAUGUAUCCUGAUCAACAAAAUCAGAGUAAUACAAUGUGAGUGUCCCAACAUUUAGGUCUAUGUCAAAGAACUCGACCGCUGGUGGAAGGCUGUCCAGUAUUAGCCUCGUUGCAAGCCUCCCUUGUUCACGUGGUAUUUCAACUACUCUGUUCCCUGCAGUGUCCAGAAUGGUUCCUUCGGGGAUGGAGAUGAAUGUGUCAUCAAGCCUGGGAUCCCAGGCAAGAUCCUCCAUCAGUUUAACCUGGCGUUUGUCAUGGGCAGUCAGAUAUACCACUAAAUUAGACUUGUUGGGAUGGAGGUACAUUGCUGAGCCUCCAGUCAAUGUGACAGCCUCUACACCAGGGAAGGUACCAUUAGCCAUGUUCUGAAGGGUAACGUUGGGGUACCGAAGUGUGUUAAUUCUCACAGGCUCACUGAAUGUCAGGGAUAUUUCUCCAUCCUCCAGAUUGAGGGUGAAAUAUUGAAGUUCGGGUGGUGUAAUAUCCGGUUCGUAAUGCCAUGCUUGGACCCUCACAACAUCUUCAGAUGUGUCGUUUGUUUCGUUUCCCAUGGGGGCUUCCCCUACUAUUGGAAGUGGUGUGACAAAGUUAGAGUUCAUGUCUUGAAUGAGACCACUUGUGAUUGAAAUGUAGGUAUCGUUUGUAUCGGUAGCGAGUGACUCCAAAGCUUUGAGGGCCACAACAUCAUCAAAGCUGAGCUCAAAUGAGAGGUAUAUCCAGUUCUCAGUGGAGAGUACUACAGCACUUGUGAGUGUGUGAUAUUCGGUUGCAUUGGGACUGUUGUAGAAGGUAAGUGCACUAGGCUCAAACGUCUCUCGAUUCACAGUCUCAUCAAACGUCAGUGUAACAUUGUUGGUGUCCAUAUCUAUGGAGAAAUUAACGAGCAUUGGUUGGACAACAUCAGGUAACAGAGUGGUAGCAAAUGCCCGAUUGGCAGCUGUGUCGUCAAAUUGGAUUCCUACAACUGGAUUUCUGGCCAUGUCGCGGAGCAAGUCCGAUGUGAUUUCAAGGUAGCAGUCCGGUGUUCGAAUAUCAGGCGGAAGAGUUUCAGUACAGAGCUCAGUUCUCUCCUUGAUUCUGUUGAGGUCAUCGACUGUUAACUGAAACACAACAGUUGUGCUGUCCAUUUGUGUCAGGGUAUCAUCAGGACCAGUUAGUGUGACACCAAGGUGUGUGGGAACUUGGUAGAAGGGCUUCAGUGUAAUGCUUCUGGCAUUAAAACUUGUAACAUUCACUGUUUCAUUGAAUCGUAGAGUAACUGUUCCACUGCUCAGAUCAAUUUCAACGAAUCCAUCUGUGUCUGAGUCCACCAGCAUUGGAUUUGAGCUAUCCCUAGUGUAGUUGAAGACUCUUUCAGCAUCUCCUUCUUCUCUUUCAACCACAGCGUUUGCAUUCAUAUCUUCAAUGGAUGCAUUGCUGAAAGUUAUGUAACAAUCCUCUUCCUGUAAGUUGUCAGUACAGAGUUGUUUUCGCUUGAUUUCAUUCAGAUCGUCAACUGAGAGGAGGAGAAUGAUGCUUGUUCCAUUGUCACUCGUGGGAACAGUCUGAUCGUUGAGAGUGUGAGUAGCCAAGUUAAAAGUGCUGUUGUCCUGGAGGGUGAUUUCGGUCACAUUAAUUGCUGCCUGGUUGACAGUUUCAUCAUAAGACA